UCCGAGCUGUUCCAGAAAAGACGCCUCCCUCCCUCCACCCUUCUGAUCCUCUUAUCAGCGAGUAAGCGGCCAAGAUGGAUGUUGCGAACCAGCUGGUGGCCCAAGGGCAGUUCACAGUAAUCAAACAACCACUGGGAUUUAUAAAAGUUCUACAGUGGAUCUUUGCGAUCUUUGCCUUCUCAACAUGUGGCAGCUACUCUGGCAUGUUCAAGAUGAGUGUGGAGUGUAAAAACCGAUCAGAUAGUGACCUGGGAAUAGAAGUAGAAUUUGAAUAUCCGUUCAGGCUCCAUCAGGUUUACUUUGAUGCCCCCACCUGUAAGGAAGGGAACCGGGAGCGUGUGUUCCUGGUCGGAGACUACUCCUCUUCAGCUGAGUUCUUUGUAACCAUCGCUGUCUUCUCUUUCCUCUACUCCAUGGCAGCCCUCGCUGCCUACUGUUUCGUACUGGAGAAAUACCGCGCAAACAACAAGGGAGCCCAGAUUGACUUCGUUGUGACAGCCGUGUUCGGCUUCAUGUGGCUCGUCUCCUCAUGUGCUUGGGCUAAAGCCCUGUCAGAUGUGAAAACAGCCACGGAUCCAGAGAGGGUCAUCACUCUCAUUGAAGCCUGUGAAGAGCAAGAAAACCUCUGCAAAGAGGUUCAUGAUCCCAAGGUGUCCGGGCUCAACACCUCUGUGGCUUUUGGUUUCAUCAACCUGAUUCUAUGGUUGGGCAACCUGUGGUUCGUCUUCAAAGAGACCGGCUGGAUGGCUGCUUUCGGGGGAACGCACGUCCCAUCGCAAGAGAAGCAGCCCGCCCCCGAUUCCUUCGGCCAAGAAGGCUACGGACAGCAGGACCCCUACGCCGGCACCCAGGGAGGAUACCAGCCUGAGUACGGCCAGCAAGGAGGCUACAAUGAAGAUGGAGGUUACAACCAGGGCUAUGAUCAGCAGCCCACCUCUUAUUCUAAUCAGAUGUGAGCCUCCCCAGCCAAAAGACAGCUGCAGGAUGGGUGGUCUCGUCAUUUAUGGAGCGGAGCGUUUCUCGACCACCACCUGCGUUUCCACACGCCUCUGUGUGUCUGUUUGUGUAUCUGUGAGUCGGCAGGCGGAGGGAGGGGCGCAAGGAGGCCACACGCUAAACCUAAGGGGUGGG